CGAGUCCCUGGUUGCCAAGGCGACGGCGACAUGGAUGGCGGAUGAGGCCUGCGCCCCUUCGUUUUCAGUCCGAAGACCCUCUCCCUCACAGCUUUGGGUCUUUUUUAGGGGGCGCUUCGUCGCACCCCCUUCGCUCAGCGUGUCCCUGCUUUGUGACAACGGAAUCUGCGAAGGAGGGAGGCCAGCGCCAUGGGGAAGAAGGGCGAGCGGGGAGCCAAGGACAAGAAUGCGGCCCUGGAAGAGGAGGCCAGGAACGCGGCCAAGAGGGCAGAGCACGGGGAAGAAGAGUACCAGUGUACAGGGAUCCUGGAGCAGGAUUUCCUUGAGAUCUGCACCCGAGCUGGGUUUCAAGAAAUCCCGAAGGUCGUUGUGCGGCCGCAUGCCCAUGCCGGCACCACUGCCGUAGAGGAGCCCGACCCGCAAGCGGAGAAGGAAGUCACCAACACUCUGGCCCAGAUCCAGAGCAAGUACAACUACUUCCGCCCCUGCAUCCAGGUAGAGCUGGAACAUGAGGACCCCAAGACCACCCGGGAGAUCUUCAUCCAGAGUUGGAAGAUCGAGGAGAAGAUGCUGACUGUCCUGGCCAAAUGCCUGCCUGCUCUUAGCCACCUCCAAACCCUUCGCCUCUGGAAAGUUGGCCUGACAGAUCUCACCUUCUCCAUGCUCCUCUCCAUCUUCCCAACCUGCACCACCCUCAAGACCCUGGUUCUGGAAGGCAACCCGCUGCCGGAGCGGUCUUUCUACAAGCUGAUCUCCGAGGAGACCAACUUGGUCCACCUCUCCCUGAGGAACAAUGACAUUGAUGACGAAGCGGCCUAUCUGAUCGGCCAGGCGCUCUCGUCCCUCAAAAGCUCCAACAAGACCCUGGCCUCGAUCAAUCUCAGCUGCAACCACAUCACAGACGUGGGGGCCACUCACAUUGCCAACGGCUUGCGCCUCAACCGCUCACUGCUCUCCUUGUCACUGGCGCACAACCGGAUUGGCGACGAGGGGGCCCUGAAGAUUGCGGAGAUCCUUGCCCCUUUUGCUCUCACUCAUGUCGAGGUGGUGGAGAGGCGGCGGCUGCUGCUGGAGAAGGAGACCCUGGAACGAAGCCGCCUGCCCCAGCGACACGUGGAAUUGAAAAGCGAGCGUCCUUCCAGCCAUGUCAGCAACACAGCCAUCGACAAGCUGCAGACCGUCAAGACCACGAAAGACACCAAAAAGAAGAAGGAUAAGGAAUCGGCCAAAAAGGAGAAGGAGAAAGAGAAGGAGGAGAAAGAGAAGGGCCAAGGGAGCGGAGGGGCUGUUGUGGUUUCGUCCACGACAUCCCAGGCCAAGAAGGAGGAGACCAAGGAGGCCAAGCAAGCCAAGAAAGGUGUGGAACGCCCCGUUGCCGAACAGAAGCCCUCUCGCGGUAAAGGAACCAAGUCCAGCAACAAAGACAAACGGGCCCAAGCUGUGGAAGUGGAGGUGGCUGAACCCACUGAGAUCGUGAACCCACUCCUGGAGCAAGCAGAACACCGAGAUGGGAAAGUCUUUCUUCCUGGCAAUCGUGUCCUCAUCUACCUGAACCUCAUUCGUAACCGGAUCACGGAGACGGGCCUGAAGGGCUUCCUGGCUGCAGUGGAACAGCAGACCUCUCGCGUGGCUCCUGGAGGCAAGGGGUCUACAGGUCUCCUGCGCCUGUCUUUGGGGAAGAACAACUACCCUGCAGAGAGCAAGACCUAUGCCAGGAUCCAGGAGCUGAUGAUGGCAAGGGAUCCUCUCCCGAAAGUCACCAAGGCCAUGGAAGAGGAAGCCGCCGUCGCCUUUUAGGUGGGAGUAUUCCAGAGGCAGCUCUCCACCCCAACUCAGAACAUUUCCUCCGACAACUCUGAAGCAGAAAUAAACGUGAGGCAUUGCAAGAGGGUGCUUCCUCUCUGGAUCUGGUACUUUCAGCAAAAGAUGGGGAGGGGGGUUGCUUUGUGGACCACAAGCAGCAAAGUUCCUGAGAGUUCAGGGGCCGGUCUAAAUAGCCCUUAGUGUUCCCCUUAUCAUUCUGGGAUGCACUGCCUGAUUCAGUAAGAUGAGGUCAGGCAGAUGUCCAUAGGGUGUCUUAAUCGCAGACUUAGAAAUCUUUGUACGAAGACAAGUAGCCACUCUUACAGUAAUACUAAAAUUUUGAAUGUCAUUAAACAUAGAUUUAGCUCAAUGGAUCCAUAUGAAUUCAAAGCUAGGUGGUUAUACAAAUAAAGCCAUUGCUAUACAUAUAAUGUAACAUAUGGCUGUUACAUUCACAGUAAAAAGAAUUAUUCUCUUGAAAGAUGAAUGGACUCCUCUUCUCAUACACAAUACAGUAGAGUCUUGCUUAUCCAACGUAAACGGGCCAGCAGAACGUUGGAUAAGCGAAUAUGUUGGAUAAUAAGGAGAAAUUAAGGAAAAGCCUAUUAAACAUCAAAUUAGGUUAUGAUUUUACAAAUUAAACACCAAAACAUCACGUUAUACAACAAAUUUUACAGAAAAAGUAGUUCAAUACACAGUAAUGCUAUGUAGUAAUUACUGUAUUUAUGAAUUUAGCACCAAAAUAUCACGAUGAAUUGAAAACAUUGACUACAAAAAUGCGUUGGAUAAUCCAGAACGUUGGAUAAGCGAGUGUUGGAUAAGUGAGACUCUACUGUAAUUAUUUUUAUUUCCUUAACAAAAAAGAUUAGACUUCAAAUUCACAACCGGUUUUGACUCAAGAGAGUCUCCGUCAGGUGGAAUGUCGUCUUAUUUUCUGUGUUGUUUUUCUGAAAAUAUGGAUCCAAAAUUAUUGGAUUUAAAUCCAGUUACAGUAGAGUCUCACUUAUCCAACAUAAACGGGCCGGCAGAACGUUGGAUAAGCGAAUAUGUUGGAUAAUAAGGAGAGAUUAAGGAAAAGCCUAUUAAACAUCAAAUUAGGUUAUGAUUUUACAAAUUAAGCACCAAAACAUCAUGUUAGACAACAAAUUUGACAGAAAAAGUAGUUCAAUAUGCUGUAAUGCUAUGCAGUAAUUACUUUAUUUACGAAUUUAGCACCAACAUAUCACGAUGUAUUGAAAACAUUGACUACAAAAAUGCGUUGGAUAAUCCAGAACGUUGGAUAAGUGAGUGUUGGAUAAGUGAGACUCUACUGUAUUGUGUAUGAGAAGAGAAGUAAAUUAAUCUUUCAAGAGAAUAAAAAUUAUUUUUACUGUGAAUGUAAGUCAUAUGUUUUACUGUAUAGCAAUGACUUUGUGUUUGUAUAACGACCUAGCUUUGAAUUCAUAUUGAUGCGUCGAGCUAAAUCUAUGUUUAAUGGCAUUGAAAACUUUUGGAUUAUUGUUAAUCCUUGUCUUCGUAGUUCUAGGGAACCCAUUCUCCUUUGUAGAACAAUCCCUUUUCUCCUUCAGUGGCUCUAACAAGAGAGAAUGAGAGAAGUUUGGGGGAUGGGGUUGGUUUAAAUCGUAGAAUCAAUUAAAAAGACACGCAGGACAGGAGAAUGAAGAAUAUUUUACUUUUCCAUCUUUCUUUAAAAAAAAUCUUUACCAUCGACAGGAAGAAAAUAAAAUUGGCUUUGAGCGAAUUGAACAGCAAAGAGUGUGGCAUCACUUUUUUAAUAUAUAUAUAUCUAUAUAUAUAUAUAUAUAUUUAUAUAUACUCUGAUAUAAUCCAUACACCUGGUGCAGCUUGCGGGGUGACUGCUGGGUCCACGCUUGCUGCUUCUAGCCCGCCUGGCCCAUGACCACUGUCAACCCAAAGCGGGAUCAGGGCCAGGGUCUUGGGGGCUUCAGAUCUUCCUCCAGGAGAGGUUGGGUCAACCGGGCAACCCUCCGGGGGUGAGCCAAGAGCAUGACGGAAGGGCAGAUUGUCUCAGCCGUGGGGCUUAGCAGCCCCCUCCCCAGCAGCCACCUAUGUGACCAAUCUGUUGGCAAGGCUGACCCAAGGAGCUUGCUGGGUGCCAUCACGACCAACAAGAGUCUCUACUGAGGUCAUUCUUCACCCCACAGGUUGGAGCGGAAGACGCCAAGGAGAACCUGAGAGAUUGGGGAGGGGGCCGGCAAAUUCCUUUUGUUGCUACUGGACCAAAGCCUCCUGCUUUGUCCCCACUUCACCCAGGCCACCCCAACCGGGCUGCGGCUACAGUGGUUUUCUUCUCAUCCAUUGGGGUAUGAAGGCAAAUUAAAACAACAACAACAACAA